GGCCGAGAGGUAGGUACACGCAUCCAAUGUGGAUGCGAUGGUUGAAGAAGGACGUCAUACAAGGGAGUGGGAGAAAGACGGAUGCCACCAUAUUGCGCACGCGAGGGAAAGGGAAAAGGACAGAAUCACCGCCGAUAUGAUUGCUCGUUCACUUGUUCUCAGUAGUAAAGCAAAGUUCGGCGUGAAGAGUGGUUUAUCGUACGUUUGGAGCGAAACACAAACUCAAGAAAGAAAUUCUUGUUUGUCUUCACAUAUAUCACUGUUGCGUGGAGAAACUCCUCGAGAUUUGGUUCACAAGCAACAGUAGCAUAAACAGAAAGCAGGGCGAUCUCAGGCAGAUUCCUCAACGGAAAUGGCAGUCCUUACUCAAGAUCGUUCGUUGCGAGAUCAUCAGCAUCUGUCGUACCGAACACGUGGAUGCUUAUGUUCUAAGAUUCAGCCCGAUAAUGAGUCGUUGGCAAAGCAUAAAUAGAGUACUAUCUGCACGUGACUACGUGAACGAUUACAUACCGAUCACAUUAUAUGUGUGGCACGAAGUGCAAAAGUUUUCAAUUGUCGAAUGCUACCAAACGUUAUACCAGUAACGAUUGAAAGCAGCAUGUUCCUAUCAAAGCGUAGACUUAUUCUAAAAACAUGUGGUACAACUACACCUCUUCAGUGUUUGGAGCCACUUUUGGAGCUUGUAAAAGAGUACACUGGCUUUGAGGAAGUAGAGAAUGUAUUUUAUUCACGGAAAAAUUAUAAAAAACCAGAGUUACAGAUAUCACCGCAUCAAGCAUUCGAAGAGGAAGUAGCUCUGCUCGAUACAUUCUUUCCCGAUGGGGAAGCUUAUUGUUUAGGCUCUGUGGAUACAGAUUGUUGGUAUUUAUACACUCUCAAUAGAGAGAAAUCUGCAGACGAACCCGCGGAACCAGAUCAAACUUUGGAAAUUCUUAUGACUCAUUUAGAUCCAGAAGUAAUGGCUAUCUUCACUAGGGACAUGUGCUCCUCUGCGGACGAAGCAACACAGAAGUCAGGAAUUGAUAAACUUAUUCCAAAUAUGAUCAUAGAUGAUUUUUUAUUUGAACCUUGUGGUUAUUCGAUGAACGGAGUAUCUAAAAGCGGAAAUUACAUGACUAUUCAUAUUACACCAGAGUCCGAGUUCUCGUAUGUAUCAUUUGAGAGUAACAUUCCAGAAACGUCGUAUGAGGAGAUAAUACGACGUGUACUAAACACUUUUAAACCGAAAAAAUUUGUCGUUACCAUCUUCGCUAACAAAGAAUCAAUGGCUGCUACUUGUCCACGUGAUUUGGAGCAAAUUGAUUAUCUGAAAUGUUCUGGGGAUUGGUUGCGUACAGAUGUUCAGUAUUGUCGCUUCAAGAAUUACGAUUUGACCUGCGCAUUUUACUCAAGAUUCCCAAGCUGA